AUGGCGCCGCGACUUUCGGUCGAGAAUGGCUCCGUGCACCAUCCGCACGCUGAAAGCAGAGGAGCGCUUCCCGCCUUGGCGGGAAGCGACGGCGGAAAGGCGGAACAGUCGCCGCCGUCGCCAGCGACGAAAGGGGUCGACGGCGACGCAGCGGCGCUGUCGCCGGCGCUAGUAGCGAGUGGAGACGAUGGCAAGGCAACGGCGCUGUCGCGGCAUUCGGUGGCGGACUGGGCGGCGAUGGUGCUGUGGAUGGGGUGGCUGCACAUCCUGCUCGCGCUGCUCCUGCUCAUCGCGCUCACCUUCCCGCACCCCCUCGCCAUCGCGCUGCUGCUGCUCCUCGCCACGCUCGCCGUCGCGCCCGUCGACGUCGAGGGGCCCCUCGCCCAGGCCUACCGCAGGUUCAUCUACCCGGUGGUGCUGCGCCACUUCCCCGUGCGCGUGCUCUUCCAUGACCGCACCGCCGUCACCUUCGGCAAGCCCUACGUGAUAGCAGUGGAGCCGCAUUCGGUGCUGCCGGUGGGGCUGGGCGCGUUCAUGUGCCACGCGCUGGCAGCGGGGGGGGUGGCGGGCGCCACGAGCGCCAUCUUCCGCGUGCCGCUGCUGCGCCAGUGCUGGCAGUGGGCGCGCCUCGCCCCCGCCACCAGGCCAGUACUCUCCGGUGUGCUGCAGCGCGGCCGCCCCGUGAUCAUCGUGCCGGGCGGCGUGCAGGAGUGCCUCUUCAUGGCGCCCGGCAAGGAGGUGGUGUUCAUCCGCCAGCGCUUGGGCUUCAUCCGCCUGGCGCUGCAGCACGGCGUGCCCGUGCUGCCCUGCUUCGCCUUCGGCCAGACCAGUGCAUAUCGCUGGUGGAGGCCAGAGGGGGCAUGGUACCGGUGGGUGGCGCGGAGAAUGGGGUUUGCGCCGAUGGUCUUCUGGGGCAUGUGGGGGUCGCCCAUCCCCUUCCGCACGCCCCUCACCAUCGCCAUCGCCACUCCCAUCGGCCAGGGUGACCCUGACCCCAACCCCUCAAAAGAAAGGGUGGCAGCGGUGCAUGCAGAGUACGUGAGGGCAUUGGAGCGCCUCUUCCUUGACUACCGCGCCCAGGCGGGUUACCCCACCACACAGCUCGAGAUCGUGUGA